AUGUUGUCACACCAGGCUGGGAGGUUGUUGUAUCAGGCUAGCGGAUUGUUGUGCCAGGCCUGGAGGUUGCUGUGCCAGGCCGGGAGGUUUUGCGCCAGGGCGGGAGGCCGGGAGGUUACUGUGCCUGGCCGGGAGGUUGUCACACCAGGCCGGGAGGUUGUUGUGCCAGGCUGGGUGGUUGUUGUGCCAGGCCGUGAGGUUGUUGUGCCAGGCCGGGAGGUUGUCACACCAGGCCGGGAGGUUGCUGUGCCUGGCCGGGAGAUUGUUGUGCCUGGCCGGGAGAUUGUUGUGCCUGGCUGGGAGGUUGUUGUGCCUGGCCGGGAGAUUGUUGUGCCUGGCUGGGAGGUUGCUGUGCCAGGCCAGGAGAUUGUCACACCAGGCCAGGAGGUUGUUGUGCCAGGCCGGGAGUUUGCUGUGCCAGGCCGGGAGAUUGUUAUAUUCGGCCAGGAGGUUGUUAUGCCUGGCCAGGAGGUUGUUGUGCCAGGCCGGGAGGUUGUUGUGCCAGGCCGGGAGGUUGAUAUAUUCGGCCAGGAGGUUGUUGUGCCAGGCCGGGAGGUUGUCACACCAGGCCGGGAGGUUGUCACACCAGGCCGGGAGAUUGUUAUAUUCGUCCAGGAGGUUGUGGUGCCAGGCCAGGAGAUUGUUGUGCCAGGCCGGGAGGUUGUCACACCAGUCCGGCAGGUUGUUGUACCAGGCUGGGAGGUUGUCACACCAGGCCGGGAGGUUGUUGUGCCAGGCCGGGAGGUUGCUGUGCCAGGCCAGGAGAUUGUCACACCAGGCAGGGAGGUUGCUGUGCCAGGCCGGGAGGUUGCUCUGCUAGGCCGGGAGGUUGUUGUGCCAGGCCAGGAGAUUGUCACGCCAGGCCGGGUGGUUGUUGUGCCAGGCCAGGAGGUUGCUGUGCCAGGCCAGGAGGUUGUUGUGCCAGGUCAGGAGAUUGUCACACCAGGCCGGGAGGUUGUCACACCAGGCUGGGAGGUUGUUGUGCCAGGCCGGGAGGUUGCUGUGCCAGGCCAGGAGGUUGUUGUGCCAGGCCGAGGGGUUGUCACACCAGGCUGGCAGGUUGUUGUGCCAGGCCCGGAGGUUGUUGUACCAGGCCGGGAGGUUAUAGAACAAAGAACAUAGAACAUAGAAGAAUACAGCGCAGUACUGGCCCUUCGGCCCUCGAUGUUGCGCCGAUC